CCACGACGCGGGUUAUGUUUGAAAUUGAAUAAAUAAUAAAUAAAGAGAAUAUUAUAUUUUGAUUGGAGCGAGAAGAUCUGCGUUUCUUUCUUUGUAGAUGGCUGUGGGAAUCCUCGAGGUUAAUCUGAUCAGUGGCAAAGGUCUCAAACGCUCUGAUUUUCUUGGUAAGAUUGAUCCUUAUGUUGAGAUCCAAUACAAAGGACAAACCCGUAAGAGCAGCGUUGAUAAAGAUGGAGGUAGAAACCCGACGUGGAAUGAUAAACUGAAAUGGAGAGCAGAGUUUCCUGGCUCUGGCGCUGACUAUAAGCUUAUCGUCAAAGUCAUGGAUCACGAUACUUUCUCCACCGACGAUUUCAUCGGCCAAGCCACGGUAUAUGUGAAAGAGCUAUUGGAAAUGGGAGUGGAGAAAGGAACGGCGGAGCUAAGGCCGACCAAGUACAACGUUGUUGACUCCGAUCUCUCCUUUGUCGGCGAGAUUCUCCUCGGAGUUACCUACUCUCUUAUGCAAGAAAGAGGAAUGGAGGGAGAAGAGUUUGGUGGAUGGAAGCAUAGCCAAAUUUGAUUAGUUUCACUUCUCUAAUUGCCUGAUUCUAUUAUCUUGUUUUACCUUUAGUGUCAACAUCAUUAAGCUAUUCAUAAGUUCAAAAAGUUGCUUAAACAUUAAAAUGUAUCAUUAUUUGUAUGGAAUCUCCAGCUUAGGACGAGUUUGAGGUACCCCAAUGCAUGCAUAAUGCAUUACAGAUCUCAUUGUAUUUAUUAUUAAAUUUUACAGACAUGUAUAAAAAAAAUGUUAUAAAAAAGCGUUCCCGUCUGAUCUGUUGUGUCAUUA